UCACUUAAUGAGCGCGCUCCACUCGGAGGCGCGUGCCACACCAACCAUUUGGGUGGAUUGCCACAUCAUAGUUGGAGUUGGAGUUGAAGCAGAAGUCGGGCUGGACUGGAUGGAGCUGAGUAUAAAACGACCCGAGGACUCGAUAGAUUAAUUACUUCGAUUCCGAUCUCCGUCGAGUGCAUUACAUUAGUCCCAGAGUUCUCAGAACACCACCACAGACCAAAAAGCAAAUGAUGGGAAAAUUGAGCUUUCUGUUCUGCCUGGGCCUGGCUCUGACUCUGAGCCUAGGCAACGCCCUGGAACUGCAGCCGGAGCCGGACUACGGACCAGUGGCCUACGAAUUCCACUGGUCGGUCAACGACCCGCACACCGGGGACAUCAAGAGCCAAAAGGAGGUGCGCAAGGAUGACAAAGUGGAGGGCGUCUACGAGCUGAUCGACUCGGAUGGCUAUCGUCGCAUUGUCCAGUACAAGGCGGACGAUCACAACGGCUUCGAGGCCAUUGUUCACCGAGAGCCCACCGACAUCAAGAUCCCUCAGCCAGAGGCACCCAAAAAGCUGAUUGCCGCCAAGCUCGUGGCUGCGCCGCUCGUCCACUACGCCGCCCCCAAGGCACUCAUCAAGCAGGAGCUGUCGCCAGGUAAUUAUGUCUCUGUUUCCAGACCCACAGCUCAGUACAAGUACUGAGGCCGGGCCGCGCACCUACGACUGACUACAUCCCUCAGCAUAGCCUCACCUCUCCAUGAUCCCAUAAGGAAAGCCAACUGCACAAAUGUCAUAAUUCAAUUAUAUAUACGCCAUUAUCCUGUACUCUAAUACAUGCUCGUACGUACAUAUGU